AUGUCAAGAACUAACUUCGAUAAUGAAAAACAGACAUUUUUCAAAUCAAUUAAGAGCUUUUGCAUUCAAUUAGCUUUCAGCAAAAUAAUCUAUCUGAUCAUACAUUAAUAAUUUGUUAAUUAAAUUAGUAAAAAAAUCUAAAAAGUAAAAAGUAAUAUAAUUUCAUAAUAAACAAGGAGUAGGUUUAUCUAUUAAAUUUGAAUUGUUCUCACAGUGAGAACUUCAGAGAAUUUAUCUAGAAAAUUCAGGAGAAUCAAAAGAGAUUCUAAAUCGAUAGAAGGAAAAGCUAAGGUCUAAAAUCAAUAAUACAUAGAACUUCUUAAGAUUUUUUAAACAUAUUCUAAUUAAUUAAUAGCAAUAUCAGAACUAAAGUAAAAUAAGAUAACCCAUAAACUAAUUAACAAGCGAGUUAUAGUUAAUCAAAAUAAAAGGGAUGAUGAAAUCAUGAAUUUUUCAUUGAUAAUUUAGAUAACUUAAUCACAGACUAACAGGCAGUAACAAAUAAUGUAUUAUAUACAUUAGGAGAUAAUUAAGGACUAAUUAAUUUCCAAUCUAUAUCAUUCCCAGAAUUAGAACCUAUUACUUUUGAACAGUUUUUAUAUAUGAAAUCAAGAAUUAGUUAAAACAAAGCAUUAACGAAUAUUUUAAUUUCAGACACUUGGAUUUCCAAAAAUGGAUCCUUCAUUAUUUUGAAUGGUGUUUAGAGAAGUAGUACAUAAGAUUUAGUUAAAAACUUUGGAGAGUUCUUUAUAAUCCCAAUAAAUAAAAACUAUACAAACAUUCCACAGGCUAGCGAAUUUCGACCAAUUACAAUAUUAAGUCCUUUAUAUAAAUGGUUAGAAUUGCGAUUUUUUUUUUUGAAAAAUCUUUAAGCAGAUACUGUGAAAGCAAAAUAAUAAAACAAUAUGUUGGCUUUAUAAAAGGAUUCGGAACUUAAUUUCAGAUUUUGA